GUAUUGUUUGUUCUCCUUUAUUCUGAUGCUUAUUGCGUAUUGUUGUCAGUAUACUCCUAUUUUUUGUUGUUUAUUCUUAUGAAUCUUUUUUUUGGCUUGUUCUGUGCAUUCCAUGUGGUUUUUCUAUAUGCAACAACUAUAUCCUGCACUUUCUAAUUGCACUUUCUAAUUCAGACUUUUGGUAGUACUUAUUUAACUGAAACCUUUGAUGUAAAGUUGAAGUAAUUUCUUAUGGUUGGGUCAAUUCAAUUCCAAUUCGAAGGUAUAUUCGAGAUUUUCAUUUCUGUGGAAGUCAUUAUCUGAUAAAUUACAUUGCACCCAUUCUUUCUUAUUGGUUUUAGUAGAUACUAAGGGUAGCCAAGAACUGCACACCUACUGCAAAAUUAUUCUUGAGUUUAUCUUAAUAAAACAAAUGGAUUAUGUUUAAAAGAGGGGAUGUAAACAAAGCUAUUUGAAAGUGCAAGAUCCGAGGAAGAGGCUCGUAAAAUUGAAGUGCCAGAGUUGACCCCGAAAAAUUGGAAUAGGCUUUGUGAUAUGUGGGCGAAUCCAAAGCAUAAGAGACGAUGCGAGAUAAACAAAGUCAAUCGAACAAAGCUGCAAUCUAAUCAUUUCAUGGGGUCAAGAGCUUUUGUAGCUGCUCGUGCUGAAAUAGGUGUGAAGGAACAUGAAGGAGAAGAGCCAAAUAGGAUUAAGUUCUACAAAAGCACCCAUUACUCGAGUGAAAAAGGAUGGUCAUCUCCAGAGGCUGAGACUAACUACAACAAAAUGAGAGAUUUGAGAGCUCGGUCUAUUUCUGAAGAGAAUCCGAUGACUAUUGAUGAAAUUAUUGAUAAUGUACUUGGUGCAAGGUCGGGAUAUAUUAAAGGGCUUGGCUAUGGUCCAAAGCCUAAUACAACUACAACAACAAAAAGGAGGACAGCAGAAUUAGAGGACUCUCUUAGGAGGGCAAAAGAGGAAGCUGCUACUGCCCAACAUGGUUUACAAGAACGUUUGAAUGUAGCUGAAACUGAGGUAGCAAAUCAGAAGAUACAGAUACCGACAUUAACUUCGGAAUUGGGUACUCUUAGGGCACGCCAAGAGGAGAUGUUAAAUCAAAUGCAACAUCAUUUUAUUGGCUCAUCACCAUCAAGAUAUAUGAAGGUAACUAUUGGAUUAAGACUAAUUGCAAGUGAAGUGUCAUUGCAUUCCUCCACUUCUCAGUCCUAAUUUAGGAGUAAUAUUUAGUAUAUUUCAAUUCUCAGU